CUGUUUCAACAGGUUGUAAUUUUGUUGUGGAUUGGUUUUGACCAGCCUCUGGCAUUACCUGAUACAACACAGCCUGAGCAGCGUAUGAUACAGCAAUGAACAACUCAAAUUCUUCUGUUCCAGUUCAUCCAGCAGAACAUGAAGACGGAAAACGAAAACAAAUUGGAAAAUCAAAAUCUCGAGGCAGUGAAGACGAAAGUUCUGCUGAGGAGUUGGCAACACAGAGUCAAACACAAGAUACAGCCAAAGAAGUUAUUCCAUACAGUGAAUCAGAGGUAAUGGGCAGAGACAGUACAACCACAGAUGUGUCUGAGAAGGAUACUUGCCAUUUGCCUGAGCAUCCAAGGUGGUGGAUACGAAAAGACGAUGAAUUCUUCCAUUUUGUCAUUGUUUGCUUUGCAAUUGGAAUCUUAUUAGUUUGUUACUACAAAUAUCAAGAAUGGACAGUUUCUGUCGGUGUUGGCUUGAUGACCUUUGCAGCCUUGGAGACAACUGGAAUAUAUUUUGGCCUAGUGUAUCGUAUUCGUGCUAUCCUGGAUAGUUUUAUUCCUCUGCUUCAGAGAUUCAAACUACCUGGUUUCAAGAAAACAAACUGAAGAUUUCAAGAGUGCAUAAACGAAUCUCCAGCCUUAAUGUUAACAAGGUGUCAUGAUGUCUAGCAUACA